GAAAAAGGAAGAAAGCAGAAUAAAUAAGGUCUAGACUUGGAAACCUUAAGGAUCUGGCUUGGCACGGUUUCCAGAGAGGAAAAUGAGUGUGGGUUACAUACUGUCAGUGUUUGUGAGGGAGCUGCCUGGUCCUGUUCUCUUUGCUGGGAUCUUUAUGCCCGUGACUUUGCUCCUGCUGCUGCUAAUUGUCUACUUCAGGAUCAAACUAAGAGAAGUUGAGGAGGAAAUUGCCAUGGCACAAGAUUCUAGGAAUGCCUUCACGAAUCACCGUGGCCAGUGGAAGAAACCCAGGAGAUCCAGAGAAAAAGAGAACAGAUACAAGAACUCAAGGACAUUUAAGAGAGCUUCACGUCUCAGGAAGCAAGCUUAAACCCAGUACUCAGCCCUGCAGGCUUAACAAUAACCAGCUGUAAAUAAAUACCAUACAUGAAAACAAAACUGGAGAGGAGAAGCCAGUGCUGUGCCAUCCUAAUGAAACAGCUGCUGCCAUCCAGAGUUCUUGCAAGCAGCUCUGAGCAGCCCAGCAGAGACCAGAGGCCUCCUGCAAUGAACUGCCUUGGGUCCCUUGUGUGACCCAGGAUUUGGGGGCAGGGACAGAGCCCUGCUCACCAGCCCCUCCCUGGCCUACCAAGGAGAAAGGACAUAACGAGCUCCUGAGAGAGCUGAGCUGGCACAUCCAAGGCAGGCAGCCUUAUGAAAUCGAGAUGCAUAAGUAACAAGCUGAUAUCAAGCACCGACAUCUGGGAAAUUGAAAAGGGUUUUGAAGGGGAAGUGACAUUUAUUAGCUUGUACGCUUCAGGAAAGACUGUGGGGUUUGUAAAGUGUUCUUUCCACAGAAUUUGGAAGCAAAAUGUAACAGUAGCGGGAAACAAAAGGAUUUCUCUCUGCUGAUCAAAAAUGCUGGAUUUUGAAACCAUGGAAAGAUUUAGUUAGUAUUCUGUAAAACAGCUAUUACUCUCCUUUAAGGACAAAUCAAAUGGAUGACUUUUGCAAAUAAACUGCAGAAGCAUGGAA